AGAGGAGCAGCAGCACGCGGACGGCACGGCACGGCAGAAUCCUCCGUUCUCCAUUCCCAGCUCGGGCACAACCUCCUCGUCAUCUUGCUCGCGGAUCCGAUGGGCCCGUCGUCGUCGUCUGCUGCUGCUGCGCGGAAGCAGCAGGACCAGGCGGCCGUCUUACUUGGCGGCGGCGCGGCGGCGGCGGAGGAGGACAACCACCAGCGGCGGAGGAUGCGCGCGGUGGCGGCGAGGGCGGUGACGGACUCGCUGAGGGCGGACGAGGGCAAGGACAAGGACAAGGCGGCGAGGCUGGAGGAGUGCGCCCGCGGGCUCCAGGCCGAGAAGGCCAAGAUGGAGGUCUUCCGCCGCGAGCUCCCCAUCAGCGUCACCCUCAUCGCCGACGUGAUCGAGUGGCUGAAGGACGAGGUGGAGCAGCACCGGCGGCCGCCGGUCCUGAUGGCUCCGGCGCCGCCGUCUUCGUCUCCGUCGCCGGCGGCGAAGAGGAAGCAGGCGGAGGCGGACGCGAGCGACAAGAGGAGCUGGAUGAGCUCGGCGCAGCUGUGGACCUGCGGGAGCCACAGCAAUGGCGGCAUCAGGAAACAGCAGGCGCAAAAGCUGUCCAAUGCAUUCAUGCCACUGGGCGGCGGCCCGCCGAGGACGACCAUGGCGAAGUCACCAGAGAGACCAGAGGCGGCAGCCAUGGCAGUCGUCCCUGCGGACCUGUCCCUCUCAUCCCCGGCAGCGACGGCCGACGCCGCCCCGAGCUCCAACAGCAGCGCCGUCACAACGGACGCCGGAGCGCAGUCGGCGCAGCAGCAGCGGAAGGCCAGGCGGUGCUGGUCGCCGGAGCUGCACCGCCGCUUCGUCGCCGCCCUCCAGCGCCUCGGCGGCCCGCAAGUUGCCACGCCUAAGCAAAUCAGGGAGAUGAUGAAGGUGGACGGGCUCACCAACGAUGAAGUCAAGAGCCACCUCCAGAAGUACAGGCUACACACGCGGCGAGCAUCAUCGUCUGACGGCGACCACCAGCACCAGCAGCAGUCCGCCGCCGUCUGGCCGCCGUCGGAGCAGCCGCAGUACACGGCGUCGCAGCACAGCACGUCCAAGUCCGGCGGCUCGCCGAUGCAGCUCACGGGGUCGAGCCGGGCGACCGCCGGAGACAGCUGCGACGGCGAAGAAGAAGAAGAGGACGGCAGGUCGGCGAGCUACGGGUGGGGGAUGCAGCUGAACGGCACCAUGGCGUCGUCGUCGUCUUAGAACAGAGAAUUGCAGAAUCAUCAUUUGUAGAAUUGGAAAACAGAGAUUUGAGAGCUACUUCUACGUGCUACUGAGGACUGAUUGAGGCUUUUUUUUUGUUGCUGUUGUUCGUCUGUAUAGAGGAUGAGAGAUUCCGAGAGACAGAGUGAGUGAGAGAUGUGUUUUUUUUAGGCAGAUGAUGUGGUGAGAGUAACAGAACUGAUGUGAGUAAUUGGGCUGUUGUUACGGUUAUAUAUAUAAUCUGAUGUGAGAAAUUGAGGCAAAUCUUGAGACGUUA